UGUUCUGCGACCCCAAUAGUAGGUAGUUGGGGAAGCCCGGCGGUCCGCGGAAGCCUUAGCGGUCCUGAGAAGCCGGGUGGGAGUGGCGAGGAUUUGCAGGAGAUCCUUAAAACCUGAAUAGCGGAUAACCGGGUCUGGAAGCUAAUAUUUAGAAGAUGACCACCCCAAACAAGACACCUCCUGGUGCUGACCCUAAGCAAUUGGAAAGGACAGGGACAGUACGGGAAAUUGGGUCACAAGCUGUUUGGUCACUCUCAUCUUGCAAACCAGGAUUUGGAGUGGAUCAGUUACGAGAUGACAAUCUGGAAACUUAUUGGCAGUCAGAUGGUUCUCAGCCUCAUUUAGUGAACAUUCAAUUCAGAAGAAAAACAACAGUGAAGACAUUGUGUAUUUAUGCAGACUAUAAAUCUGAUGAAAGUUAUACUCCAAGCAAGAUCUCAGUCAGGGUGGGGAAUAAUUUUCACAACCUUCAAGAAAUUCGGCAACUUGAAUUGGUGGAACCAAGUGGCUGGAUUCAUGUUCCUUUAACUGAUAAUCAUAAGAAGCCAACUCGCACAUUCAUGAUACAGAUUGCUGUUCUAGCCAAUCACCAAAAUGGAAGAGACACCCACAUGAGACAAAUUAAAAUAUACACACCAGUGGAAGAGAGCUCCAUUGGUAAAUUUCCUAGAUGUACAACUAUUGAUUUCAUGAUGUAUCGUUCAAUAAGGUGAUUUAAGACAGAACAAAAAUCAUUAAACAUAACUAUUUCAUUUUGUCAUUAAGUACUAUAUCUGGUAUCUGUAUUGAAAAAAAAGCAUCAGUUAUUUUUCUAUUUUGUAUGCAUUUAAAAGUAUUUUAUUGUAACUUUAAUAAAUAAAUGCAUUUUGGGUUAUGCUAUCUUCAUUUUUCUAACAUAUGUUAAAGCUCACAUAUUUUAUAUGAUUAAAAAUGGAUUUGAAAAG